CCCGUUCGUUUCGUCGUCGUCGGUGGUUGUUGGUAUUGCUCGAACGUUCGCAAAAAACUGUUGAAAAUACUUGGUUGAAAGUUGUGUGUCAAAGCUAGCAAGUUUUAAUUAAUUGUGCCGUGCUGAGUGCUAACUAACGUGUGCAAUAUGUAUUUUUUGGCAUUACUUGCGUUCAUUGGAAAUGCCAAAGAUGGAAAUGCGGUGAGCUCGAGCCUAAUCCCCGGCGGCUCCUGCCGCGACUACAACGGGAAGAUGUACGAGACGGGCAUGCAUUACAUGCCGGGACCCGACUCUUGCCGCCUGUGCAUCUGCGACAGCGGGCUGCCCAAGGCGUGCAAGAUGGUGCUCUGCGAGGCGUUCAGCAAGUGCAAGUCCUUCCAGACGGUGGGCAGCGGCAACAACUGCUGCGAGGUGAUCUGCCUGGACGACCAGUUCAGCGACGGGAGCACCGACUUCGGCAUUUGACUGGUGGCCAGUGGCAUCACGGCCACGU